UCCACUGAAUUGUUUUUGAUUUAUUUCUUUAUUGCGUGACAGUGAAAACGAGCUUUUGGGAAACUUGAAACACAGUUUCAUCCUUUGAGAUUUCCCAUGAUAUAAACAGACGGGGCGGUUUUAUUCCCGUGUGAAAGUGUCUUGAGAUCCGAAAAAUCCUGGGGCAGAAUUAUUUGGUAGGUCAUGUGAUCUUCCUGUUUAGUGUGAUUGGUUUUGAGUGAUUUAAAUGUACGCGCACUGUCCGCGCCAAAUUUGAAUGAGCUCCGCGUUCCACACGUGAAUGCUAGUGAGAAAAAGACGAGCCGAUAAAACAAAAGCGUAAUCUCCACUAACGUUUACACCAAAAGCCGUUUCAUAUCGCGACAGCUGGGAAGUGCAAAAUUAGGAAUUUAGCGGUUGAAAUUUCUGUCAUGAGCUCCGUGAGACGUAAACUAUUCAAAGAAGGUUCAAAUUCUUGGGCUUCGGAAACAAUCGUCGAAAGCCAAAACAACGAAGCUUUUGAAAAUGGUCGCACAGAAAUUAUCGAAUACACUGUUAUCAACGAAGGGGAUGCUGCUGUGAAAGAACAAAUUGUGGAAAAUCCACAUGGACUGAAAACUCCUCAAGAAAACGUGUUUGGACCUGUAGCUCCGUCAUUCUCAGAGAAGGAUCUUGAGAAGCAAAUCCUAAUUGUUCACGAGGCAGAAAACGAAAGACUUCGUGAAACAUGGACAGAAUUGAAGGCACUCGAAGUGAUAAAACUUGCAAGUUGUCAUUGUACAGACUUGAUUUCGGUUUGUACAAAAGAGACUUUUCUUCUCAUUUUCCUGGACAUGUCUUCGGUUGCAAGCAACGCUCAAAAAAUAUGCUCUACUGUAAGGUGAGUUCAUGAUAAGAUUUCUGUUUCUUCUUUGCUGUUAAUUACACAAUACAUAGUAAACUCCGCCUCUGCUGUCGUAAGAAGUUAGAUCUGAUCAGCUUGGCUCAGCUUGUGAGUGUAAAUAAAAUUUCGGGAUUAAGAACACCUUCCCCAGCUCGUUACUUUUAAUCGAAACUGCACAAUUCCCCUUAAUUGCAAGAAAAAAAUGUAGGUGAAUAUCAAGAUAUUACAGCUAGAUCCCUGCAAAAUUAUUCUUGCAGAGAAAAAGACUUGAGAUGUCUUUUGAGACGUCAUUUUGUACCAGAGAAUUUGUUUAAAAUAACAAAAAAUUAUUUGGUGAUCAUUUCCAAAUGUUUUUGUGACCCGUACUUAGUAUGCUUAUCUAAGAUACCAGUGGCAGAUCCAGACCUUGAGCUACGAGGGGGCCCGGUUUUGUUUUGCCUGCUGGCUUUUCUUCCUUCUGUGAUUUUUUUUUUUUUUUUAAAUCCAAAAUAAGGGGGACCCCGGGCUCCUCUCCUGGAUACUGUUGUAGAAAGAGAAAUUAAGUGUUGAAGAGAUAAUCUUAAUUUAUCAUUGUUGUUUAAAAUCACUACAGGUACAAUCCCAAUUCUCUGAACCGUUCUGUCGCAAUAAUUGGAGUGACAAGUGAAGGGAGCAAAGGUACUGAAAUGUAUCCUGUUUUUUUGAAUAGCCUCCUUAAUAUUCUAUCCCCUUUCUCUUUGCCCCUUUAAUGAAUCAAACGUUUUUCAUUUCAUAUUUCAGAGGACUUCAGUGCCCAUGGAAUAAAUGACAUCCUUCACUUGCCAGUGACAGAGGAAACAAUGAAUCAGGUUUUGUUGAAGUGGGCUAGACACAAGACCUGUGAAGGUAAAGAAAUAAAUCAAAACCACUGAAACCUUCUGGCAAAGCCUGCACCACCAUGUCUGCACCCAAUUUCACUUGGUGACAUACAACUACGACAUCGUCUCUGUCACAGUUGCAUAUACCAGUCAGUUGUGCAGAAACAUGAGAGGGCACAAUGUCGGUGAGAAUGAACUGAACAAAUGCACUUAUUACAACAUUGGCCCCUAAAUUGGCAUACCAUAUUUACUUGAAAAAUAGUUGCUAUGAUGCUUAUUAAAUGUUUUGGCCUUUCAAUGUUGUCGUUAUUUAAGGUGGCCGAACACAGUUUUCCGCGCGCUUUUGCUGAUGCAAUUCAGCGCACGCACAAGGAUUGCAAAAAAAUAAACAUGCCGUCAAUAGAGCAAUCAUUUUAUUUACUCAACACCUGCAGUAUCCGUGCUAUUUUUAUCUAUAAUUGAACACAUUGUAUUGAUGGCUUUAGUCUUUUAUCACAAAAGAUAUGUUAGAAAAGGUAACGAUGCAAAGAACCCAGC